GUGACCCAACUCGGGGCCUGCGCCGGCCGAAGCCGGAAGCGGCUGCUGUCGGAAGCACCGGGCGAGCGAUCUGGCUGCGGGCCGGCCCCGGGGAUGGCUGGGGACGCGGAGCUGGCGCGGCGCGGUGGGUGGCCGUGGCGGUGGCUGCCGGCGUUGCUGCUGCUGCAACUGCUGCGGUGGAGGUGCGCCCUGGGCGCGCUCCCCUUCACCAGCAGUCGGCACCCAGGCUUUGCGGACCUGCUGUCGGAGCAGCAGCUGCUGGAGGUGCAGGACUUGACCCUGUCUCUGCUGCAGGGCGGAGGUCUGGGGCCGCUGUCACUGCUACCUCCCGACCUGCCGGAUCUGGAGCCUGAAUGCCGGGAGCUGCUGAUGGACUUCGCCAAUAGCAGCGCCGAGCUGACCGCCUGUAUGGUGCGCAGCGCUCGGCCCGUGCGCCUCUGCCAGACCUGCUACCCGCUCUUCCAACAGGUCGCAAUCAAGAUGGACAACAUCAGCCGAAACGUCGGGGUGGGUAGAGGAGCAGACUGUGGCGUGGGAGCUGGGAAAAACGCCUCCGAGAGCCAGCGCUGUGCAGGAAGUCUCCUGAUGGCGGACAGAAUGCAGAUAGUUGUGAUGGUCUCUGAGUUCUUCAACAGCACGUGGAAGGAGGCGAACUGUGCAAAUUGCCUAACAAAAAACAGUGAGGAUCUGUCAAAUAACACCCAGGACUUCCUCAGUCUGUUUAACAAGACUUUGGCCUGCUUUGAGCAUAACCUGCAGGGGCGCACGUACAGCCUCCCCCCACCAAAGAAUUACUCAGAAGUGUGCAAGAACUGUAAAGAGGCGUACAGAACUCUGAGCCUCCUGUACAGCGAAAUGCAGAAAAUGAACGGGCUGGAGAGCAAGGCGGAGCCGGGAACGCACUUGUGCAUCGACGUGGAGGAUGCAAUGAACAUUACCCGGAAGCUAUGGAGCCGAACCUUCAACUGUUCCGUCACCUGCAGCGACACAGUGUCUGUGGUUGCCGUUUCCGUGUUCAUUCUCUUUCUGCCUGUCGUCUUCUACCUGAGUAGCUUCCUUCACUCCGAGCAAAAGAAGCGCAAGCUCAUUCUACCCAAACGUCUCAAGUCGAGCACCAGUUUUGCCAACAUUCAAGAAAAUUCCACCUGAAGCCUGCAAAACGGGACUGGACCGCACACCACGCCAAUCAGUGGUUGGACCACAGCAGAGUGGAGAAGAUGAGCCGUGAUCUGACAAAUCAAAUUCUUAAGAAUCGCUGGGCUGUGGACCUAUAAUUUAUUCUGAAUAAGGGUUCUCAAAUUCCCUUUUCCUGAGCACCCCAUCUUUGAAGAUUUCUGUAUUUUUAAUUUUCAGACAUAGCAAUGUGACACAUUUUAAGGUAUAUCUGUUACAGUAACAAGCGAGGGCUUUUGUUUGUUUUUACAAGAAUAUGAAUGACUACUUGACACUUUUGAUAUAUCCUUGCUAACAGAAAUCCACAGAACAGAAACAGCUGAGUUGUGCCAGUUACACACUAGUCAGUCACUGGGAGCCAAGCCAGCUUUGAAAAGGAAAUACACGGGGUUGGGGACUUAGCUCAGUGGUAGAGUGCUUGCCUAGCAAACGCAAGGCCCUGGGUUCAGUCCCCAGCUCCGAAAAAAAGAAAAAGAAAAGAAAAAAAAAAAGAAAAGAAAAGGAAAUACACUUGCCAAAUGGUAGCAGGCUCAAUGAUUAGCUUAAAUGAAUUCCCAUUUCAGUAUUAUUGUAUGUACAUACAUACACACACACACACACACACACACACACACACACCCCAUACACACAUACAUAUAUAUGUAUAUAUAGUAUAUAUUUAAUAUAUCACACAGUAAAAGAAUGUUCUCUAGUCCCCUGAAGUCUCUUUUGAAACCACUAACUGACUAUAAACCUCCUUAACAGUUUUCAGGAAGUGAUGCCACGCCAUCCAUUUAUCUUUGUUACAGAUUUACAGUAACUGGGUUUCUAACAUGUCUUUUAGAAAUACCGUUUUACGUCUUACUUUUGCCUUUAUUUCAUAAGUAAUUAAAAAAAAAUCACUGGACUGCUUAAUUUUCUCUGAGGACAAGAUGGAUUCAUUCAUCUUAAGCCAGGGAUUUGCAUCGUGAAUUUCAUUAAGUUAUUUGGCAACCUGUAAACUAUCAGUAGUUCAAGUCAUAUGUGGCACGAGUGUGUCACGCCGUGUUUAAAUCUGUGGUUUUUAAUGAAAAUCUCAUGUUGGAAUAUUUGGAGAGUUAGGGAGAAACGGAAGACGAAUACAAGAGUUUAAGUUCUAGAAAAUAGACAAUGGAUGCUCACGGAAGACAGCCAGGUAGUCUAUAGUGGAGAUGACUGGGAUAACAGGCUCAAACAGGAAGCCCCACCCCCGGAAGUCCCACCCCCACCCCCAGUUAAGGCAAUGCAUUUACUGUCAGGAAACUUCUCCUUUGGAAUAUUUCUAGCAGCCUUUAAAAUGAUGUUUAUCUCAAUGUCUUUCAGUUUUCUCUCUCAAGAUAGAGAAGUUGAUGGUUUUGUUGGUUAAUUCGUUUGCCGGGUUCCCGGUGGAAACAGGCCUCGCUUUAAAGGUUGUGAAUGGGAAGUGUCCUCGGGUUCAGCGGUUAAGAAAGUGUGACUCCCUUCACAGAGGGAGACAGGAGUGUUCGGGGACUUUUGUAUGUUUACCACAAAUACAGGCUGCGAGAGCUCUUCCGGCACUGUGUGACACAGGGUGUGUGACAACCGGAUGAUACCGUCCCAGCGUUCUGCUGCGAUCUACCAGAUGCGCCAUGGUUCAUUGUGUCGUCACUGUUCCUGUGGCUGUGACCAAGGGCACUGCCUUGAUUUGAAGCACAUGGUUGAGAGCCUUUGAAAGCCAUCUCCACCAAUACGCACAGCCUGCUUACAUGUGCAAGGUUAGAAAAGUGACACAUUUAAACUGAGAGCAGCGACUCCUCAGGCACCAUUCAGUACUGUGUGUACAAACCAUUGCUUUUGGAAAAGAAGCCAGAGAGUACUUUAACAGGCCAGCCAUCUCUGGUCCUCAUCAGGGCCUGCUCUCUAGAAGUCGGAUCAGAAACAGACUUGAAAAUGUGCCGAAGAAUUUCAUCUUAGGGUCCGACGAAAAAUGUAUAUAGUUUCUGAGUCCUGAGACUCAUGUGUGUGCACAAGAAAACCUGGUUUUCCCUUAGAUUUUACAAUAAAGGAAGUAACAAGAAAAA